UCUGGCACUGUCAGGCCACUGGCAUUUGCUGUAUUUUUUUUACGUUGCGGGAAGGCGGUCACCCAUCCUAAUCCCUCCCGACUGGGCAGUACCUUACUCCAUCGUCACCCUUCACGCUUUUCAAAGCUUCAAACUCCACAGACCGGCGAGUCAUAGACGAAGGAGCUGUCGUCAAUUCAACAGCGAUGACUUCGUCCAACCUUGCCGCGGCCCAUUUUGGUCGCCAGCCACCACAUGGUUCUCCCCAGCCAAGUAUGCCGCCCGCAGCCGAUCGAGAUCCAACGCCUGCGGCUACAAAUCCCGAUGCGAAUGCGCCAAUACAAAUUUUGAAUCAACGAGACAUCUACCGCGACGAUCCUCACGCUCACGAUGUUCACUCUAUGCCCUCGCCCCCUACCGUUUCCCCCCUAUCCACUCCGGCGGCAACCCAAAUGAAUAUUGGCGAUAAUGACGAUAUUCCGGAUCUCCCUACCGGAGCUCUACCACCUACUAAUGGCGCCACCGAUUCUUCUUCGGCCGUCCAGAUAGCCUCUGUUAAUCUUGGAUUAGCUACCGACAACUUUCCCAUGAAACUUGGUCAUGCCCAAUUACAAGACCAAACGCCCCUAUCGCGCAACCAAGUCCAAGCCGUUGCGACUACCGACCCCGAGCCGACGAAUAUGGACUAUUCGUCACGUACCAUGAACUCUAGCAUGAGGCAUAGUCAGGGUACUAUCGAUCCAAAUGCGUACAUGAUGAACAUCUCCCAGGCUCCCACACCUGUCUUUCAGAAUCCAGGUCCUUCCAUCGUGGCCCCUUCUGAAGUCUCGCUACAGGCUUCGUAUACCCAGGAAAGCGAUGUUGUAACAACCAGCGGUGACCAUACAUCAACUAGCGCGAGUCAGAAAUUAGAGUCGUUUGCCAGAAUAGAAUUUGCCGACAGUGUAUUUCAGAUGACCACCUACGCUGUUAUCAUUGGUCGCGACCAAAGGGCCAUGGACCAAGCCAGGAGAGACGCAAAAAAGGAGUUGAACUAUAAACGGAAAGUGGAAGAGAAUGCAAGGAAUGGGUUACCACCCCCCACGCCUCUCAACUUUGAUCGAGGUAAAUUUAGUAAAUCCUACGUUAGUGAAGAAGGCGGUAUGCUAGGUCCCGAGUCCGACGGAGAGGAUAACGAACAACCAGCCAGGAAGCGCCGGCCGAGUUCCUCGCAUAGAUCUCAAAACGGUGAUGAUGAUGCCCAAAGCGAUCAUGUUAAAUCGAAUAGGCAAUAUGUCUCACAUACCCCUGGAGCGGCUGCGGUUGAUUUGGGCACCUUGCAGCCAUCGCCAUCUCACAUCCCCUUCGUUGGUAUCCAUUCGCCCGGGCCAGAUAUUGCGAAUAAAACACGCGGCAUAUCAAGACAACAUCUCAAAGUUGAAUUUAAUGAGAAGAGAGGCGUCUUCGAGGCCGUUGCCCUCCACAAAAACGGGUUCUUUUGUGACGAUAACCAUUACGGACUCGAUGAUCCGGUUACCCUUAGGAGUGGAGAUAGGCUGCAAAUUAAAGAUGUUGAAUUCAGGUUUGUUGUUAAUGGCGUUCAACUAGGCAAAACUGGCGGCGAGGAAUACCACGAGGAAGAAACAUCGAGUAAACGUAUGUCUAUUGGAGGCAAGGAGAUGAGUUUUGAUUUUGAGCACUCGGAUCAUGAGAACUUUCGGGAUACGAGCGAGGAACUAUCGGAUAUUGAAAAUGUGCCAACCCCUCCUGCCGGGUCCGCCGGGUCCGAUGAUGGUGAAGGAGACCAGGACGAAGAUCAGGAAGCGGUCGACGCGCAAUCUGACGAGGCAGAUGAGCCGAUGGCUGACGUGACCGAAUCAACUGGCAUCCAGGACAUGGCUCACCCCCAAUUUAUGACUCCUGAUCUUCCCAAGCGUCGAGGCCCGGGGCGACCCCCUAAGGAUGGUAUCAUGUCGAAGAGAGAGCGACGACUGCUGAAGAAACAGAUGCAAGAAACCUCUAAGAAGACUAUACCCCAAAUUCCUCUAGAAAUACAGAGCGAGAAGAUAAAACGGCCAGUGGGUCGUCCUAGGAAGAAUCCUCUACAGGAGGAAGGGGAGAAGCCAGAGAAGAGGAAAUAUAACAAGCGGAAGCCGAAAGAGGAUGGCGAAGAGGGCUCUGAUGCAGAUAGACGUGCGAGGGAGAAGAAAGAAAAGAAAGUCCGACCAAAAUCUCCGCCGUUGGAACUUCGAAAGGAGGACUUCACUGAGGAACAACUCCAGAAGCCGACGAAGAAUUACGGUGUUUUGAUUGAUGAGGCAUUGACGAAUGGGCCUCCGGACGGACUGACCCUCAAGCAGAUCUAUAAACGGAUUAUGUCCAAAUAUCCUUGGUUUUAUUUCUCUGCUGAGACAAAGGGGUGGGAGAGCAGUGUUCGCCAUAAUUUGAUUGGAAACGAAGCCUUCAAAAAGGCCGAGGGUACUGGAUUAUGGUCUCGCGUUCCUGGUGUAGAGCUGGACGCUGGAAAGAAGCGCAAGCCGACUUCUCCUGAUCGACAACUUGGAUCAGCACAUCUACACUCGCAUAUGCCGACGCAUCAACAGUACUACCAGAACGGUUCUUACAUGCCAGCGAACAACCACGGGUACUCUCAUAACAUACCCAACUACACAGCCGACCAUAAACACUUACAAACAGGAUAUCAACCUCAUGGCCAGUCUAACCAAACCCUUUCUACCCCAUCCUCACAACCGCUCGCCCAGCAAGUAUACCCGUCACAGACUCCGGCACCUGCACAGUUGCCUGCUGGGUACCUCUCCAGGCAAUCUAGCAAUCCUCAACAGAGUACCUAUAGCUCACCUUACGCAAAACCACCUCCUCAAGUUAACCCUCCCAUUAAAUCAGAGGCUGCUGCUACGCCCAACCCUCAGACAUUGCCUACAAUGCCAGUACAACAGCCCGCCGUACAGCCUCCAUCCCAAUACCAGCAGCAGGCUGUAUCAAAUGUUCCUGAUAGUACGACACGGCCGCCACUAUCACCGGAGAUCGAGAAAGCUAUCGCCCAAUUCAGAGCAAACAUGCUCGGUGUCAUAUCGAAACAGACCCACCACGCUGCGCAAAUCAUUGAUUCGGCUAUAAGUCGUGCGCGAGGCUUACCUGUUCAUACCAGUGUACCUCCAACCUUCGAAUCGGUUGAGAAGACUCUAAUAAACGCAGUAUCAAACAUGAUUAGCGAGAUGCAAGCUAAACAGCAGCGGCAAGCGACGUCCGCAUCUCCCGCACCAGCCGCACCUCCUGUUGCAAAACUAACCCCGGCACCAAGUGCACCAACUCCAAGUCCAGCACCAGCAACCAGUUUAGAUACCGAAAUUCAACGGAGAGUUAGGAAUUUCCGAGACACAAUGGUUGUCGCUCUUAAGAAGAAGACAGACCAGGCAGAGGUUAUUGUUGACUUGGCUAUAAACCGAGCACAAGGCUUACCGAACACUGGUCCCAUUCAAGGGUGGGAAGAAGCAGACAGGCUGAUGGUCAAAUCUGUUACACAGAUAAUCGCGGACGCGCGGAGGGCCCAUAGUCUCCAAUCGCAACCUGCACCAGCAGCGAUCUCUCAGUCAACCCCUCAGCCUCAGCCUUCGCAACAAGCCCCGCGGCAGGGACCAUCUGCAUCUCCAGCUCCAGCGCAACCAUUUACGCCUACAGCAGGCGCUCAAGCCAACUACGGAGCAGCUUUCAAUGCCCCCAGUACGCAGCCCCCUCCGCCGACGUCAAAGCCAACACCACCAUCAAUAUCUCGCCCUGGUGUCACAAUUCAACGCCCAACCCCAAUGGGUAUUGCACGCCCCGGGGUGAGUCCAAUAUCUCGACCCCCUGUCUCCCGCAGGGAUUCCGCUGUCGCUUCCCCGUCGGUGCCGGGUCCGACUGCAGCACCGCCAACGCACAAUGUUUCUAGUCCGGCACCGCCAAGUGCAGGUGUUGUUGACCAGAUUACCGGACAAAAGCGAUUAUAUGAUGACGCGUUUAGUAAUAGCACUGGUCCCACCGACAGACAUGAGCCUAUCCAGACCCCCGCUCCAGCACUCUCUCGCGAUAGUGUCGUUGAUCAGAUCGGGCAAAAGGGACUAUACGAUGGUGGGGUUAGUAACAGUAAUGGAGGUAAAGAGAACCCUAAGACUAUCGCACCGGCACCUCUACCCAACAUGUACAGUCCAGCACCCCCGAGCGCGGGCGUUGUUGACCAGAUUGCUGGUCAAAAGAGACAACUGGACGAAGGGCCCGGAAGUACAAACUCGGAACAGCCCGAAGCUAAGAAACCGGCUCUUUCUUCGGCCUAGAGGCGGAUAAGUAGAAUGAGCAAGUGUUUACUAUAUGGUCCUUAUGCGGGUACUAAGGAUGAUUGCCGCGCUUAUAUGAUGGAUAUCAAUCGACAAUUGGGACUUCCUUUUAGCACCGCUAUAUCCUUGCCUCGGAUAAUAUCCAGCAUCGAAUUUUGGUCUACUGCAGCUGAGCGUAUACCCAUUACCUACUACUUCUAUACCCCCAAGGGAAUCAAGACGAGAAAAAACUAGGCGAUCGGAAGUUUUUUUUUCGCGACGAGUUUCACGAGAUACGAACUUCUCUUCUCUUCUUCCACCCUUCUAUUGGGAUGUUCCGUAGCAUGGAUAGGUACUUUUUUCGUGGAGAGAAAUAGAAUACUUGU